AUCUUUUUCAUCUGCCUCAGCUCUUUCCUCUUUUUCCUCUUUUUCCUCUCUUCCCUCUCUUUUUCCUUCCCUCCAACUCUCGUUUACUUCUCAAAGAGCCCUGUUCGGAUCCAUUUCAGUUCGACUGCUGUCUUUGAAUCUCUGUUCAACUUCAUUAGUUACCACCAACAAAAUCAUCACUCUAUUAUUCAAAACAACACAAUUGAGCUCAACAAAGAUCUCCCAUCGAGUUUGCCCACUUUUCACUUCUCUUAAUCUCAAUCUUUUUUCAAACUUUUGUUUUUCAAUUCACCCUCUCUUCUCUUUCCUUUCUUUUUUUUCUUAAUUCCCUGCUAAAUCUCGAUCAUAGCAUCUAAUUAUGAAUAUUGUUUGCUUCCUCUUCAUACUCCUUCAGUUCUGGUUUCAAUUGGCUCAUUCCUCACCAGAUCCUCUAAUACUUGUCGUCACCACCACUGUUGAUGUUACCACAGACUAUAUCACCAUAACAUCCUGUUCGCUCAAUGAUAAUGGUCUCACGCAAUCCUGUUCCUAUAUUGUCACUUCAACCUAUUCAUCCUUACCCACUCAAUCAGCAUCUCAAAUCACUUCAGUUCUAUCCCCAUCUUACUCCAAAAUCAUCAUUGAUGACCCAAGUUAUAACCCUAUAAUUAUCGAUAUUCCCCAAUCAAAUUCCUCUUUAUAUCCAAAUCAAAACGGCUAUUAUGAUUAUUAUCAUGACUCCAAUAAUGCUUAUAACCCAAUCCAAAUAAAUCCCUCUGAUCUUGCCUCUUUACGUUCAAGAUCUACCCGAACAGCUAAAACAACCACCGAAAACUGUUCUAGAUGUACUAAACUAACUGAAAGACCCAUUGAAAUCAUCCAACCUUCCUCAAAGUCUUAUCAAUCCACUCAACAUAAUACCAAUCAAACCAAUACUCAUACUACAAAAUCUUACCACUCAAGCCCGCAAUUCUUCCAAACUUUAACUCAAUCAUCCCAAACCUUAACUCAAUCCCAUCAACCCUACAACUCUUCUCAGUCUAUUAUUCCAAACCUAUCCGAUUCAACACUAUCCACCAAUUCAACAAAGAUUUUAUAUAGUGCAACUGGUCCAGCUACUUCAACUUGUACUGGUUCAAUUUUUUCAACUAUCACAACUGACUCAACCGAUCCAUUAUUCACUGCUACUGGCUCUUCUUCAGAUUUAUCCGUCUCCAUCUCAACUCAAACUUUAUCAACAAACAUAACUGUUACAACUUCAACCAACGCAGUAGUAGAGACAACAAUAUCCUCUGAAAUCUUGGUCACCUCCAUUGUUUUAACAACUUCAACCACAUCUUCAGAAUCAGAAUCUGUAUCCCUGAUUAUAUCAACUUCAACCUCAACUUCAGAAUCCGCUUCAACUUCAACCUCAACUGUCUCCUCAAACCAAUCUCUUUCCGAAUCAACAACGACGUCCACUUCGGAAUCAGUAAUCAUCUCAACCACUCUAUCCACUUCAACUUCAACAUCACAAUCAACUAUAACAACAACAACUUUAGUCACCUCUACCUCAAUAUCACAAUCAAUCGUUCCAACUUCUACUGUCCUAGACACUGACAAAAAUUGGUCUGGCGACUUAUUUCAAGUUAUUGACACUUCUGAUCCUCCUUCUAUUUUUCCAAGACAACAAUUGCCAAUUUAUCCAAAUGAAAACAUCGAUAAUGCUGAUAUCCCAAUUGGAACAAAUAAAUUUUACACAAAUCUAAUUAUCGGUGAAGGUAACCAUAUGGUUUGGACUCAUCCCUAUGGACUUUGGUUAGAAAAUACUUUUCAAAACUUCUAUGGCUGGUCAAUAUCUCAUAUUGAAAGAGACCAAAUCACUUAUGGCCCAAUUAACAUCAACAAUGCUGCCUCCUAUUAUAUCAAUCCUGCUAAAAUCGCUUCAAUUGUUUUAACCGCUGAUGCCUUUGAAAAUGGAAACAUAAUUAAAAAAUUAUCAAAUAUAAAAGAUAUGUCUCUCAUGCUAUCAUUAUCCACCUCUGCUGAUUCUUCUAAUUAUAUCGAUAUUCCUUUAGCACAAGGUCAAGGCUUCAUAACUGCAAUCUAUCAUGGUAAUUAUAUCCCCUUUAUUAAAUCCCAAAUUGGCUUCCAAACUAUACUCCAAGAACCUUCAACUAUUUUAAGUGAUUUAAACAUUCUAAAAUAUAGAGCAACCCUAUACAAUUCUUAUUCUUGGUUUAUUUAUCUUACUUUUCCUUCUUCAAUAUCAAACUAUCCAUAUUUCGAGCUUAGUUAUGAUGAAACAUAUGAAGCCAUAAGGUCACCGUAUGCUGUUGACGGCUUGGUCAUUCAAAUAGCAAAGGCCCCAUCAACUUCUUCAAAUGACUACGACUCUUUUUAUGAUCAAUCAGCUGGAACCUACAUCUCCGAUUGUGAAGUAUCUGCAGAUUAUGCAAAUUCUUAUGGAACCUAUAGAUUCACCUAUCAAACAGAAGGAAACAGUAUCUCAAAUUUACCCAUGGUAUUCGCAUUUCCUCACCAUUAUGAAGCAUUCACACAAAUGACUUCUUCAACUGAAACAGGCAUCUCAUUAAUGUCAACCGUUAAAGGUCUUAUGUACGCUUAUCUAACAGAUGUAUUGGAAAUGCAAGAAUAUUUAGAAAGCAUAGAUAUCGGUUUUCUUCCCUGGUCUCGAUUAAUGUCAACUGGUGAAGAAGUUUCGUAUUAUUCAGAGCAAAUAUCUCUAAUAGCAGAAAUUGCCAACAAUGAAAUGGCCUGGGAUAUCACUGAAUCAGUUGCCCAUCUCAGUACAUAUUUUGCUGGCAAAUAUGUUGAUAAAUAUGCUUACAUCUUAUUGGUCGCUAAAGAUAUCAUUGGUGAUAACGAAUUCACUCUUUCAACUUUAAACCAACUUAAAGCAGUUUUCCAAGUAUUCUUAGAUAAUAGUCAAUUUUAUCCAUUGAUGUAUGAUACACUCUGGAAGGGUGUCACCUCAACUUCAUCUCAAGACGGAGAUUCAUCUACUGACUUUGGAGGAGCCUUUUAUAAUGACCACCAUUUCCAUUAUGGUUACUAUAUUCAUGCAGCAGCUGUUAUCGGAUAUGUCGAUAAUGCUAUUGGUGAUGGAACAUGGGUUCAAGAAAACAAAGACUGGGUCAAUGCUUUGAUUAGAGAUGUAGCAAAUCCUAGUUGGGAUGAUACUUAUUUCCCAAAAUUUAGAAUGUUUGAUUGGUUUUCUGGUCAUUCAUGGGCCUCAGGAUUGUUUGAAGCAACUGAUGGUAAAAAUCAAGAAAGUAGUUCGGAAGAUUAUAAUUUUGCUUAUGGUAUGAAAUUAUGGGGCCAGGUUAUCGGAGAUCACUCAAUGCAAUAUAGAGGAGAUUUGAUGCUUCAAAUCAUGAAGAGAUCAAUGAACAUGUAUAUGCUUUAUACAAGUGAUAACUAUGUUGAACCAUCUAACUUCAUUGGCAAUAAAGUGUCAGGUAUUCUUUUUGACAAUAAAGUUGAUCACACAACUUAUUUUGGAACUAAUAGAGAAUACAUUCACGGUAUUCAUAUGUUGCCCAUAACACCAGUUUCAUCAUUAAUUCGAAGUCCUGCUUUUGUAUCAGAAGAAUGGAAUUCGGGCAUUGGCAAUGUUGCAGACUCAAUAAGUACAGGCUGGAAAGGAAUAUUGAAAAUGAAUCAAGCGCUAUUUGACCCAACCGCAAGCUAUCAAUUUUUUUCUUCUGACGAAUUCACAGAUAAUUAUCUUGAUGAUGGAGAAAGCAGAACUUGGUCCUUAGCUUAUGCAGCAGGUAUUAUGAAUUCGCUUUAAUUUGCUAAUCACUUAAAUUUUUUUGAAUUAUUUUUGACUGAUCAUUUUUUAUUUUUUUCUUAUUUUCACUUCUCCUUUUUUUCUUUGUUCAUAACUUUUUUCCUCAUAUUGAUCAUUUAAAUGAGUUUAGGCCUAUUCCCAGUCUCCUGUUCUUUUUAAUUGAUCUUGAAUUAUCAUGUUAAAAAAGCAUUUGCUUUAUUUUUUUAUUAUUAUCCAACAACAGCACAAAAGAUACCACCAUAUAAAGAUCACUUAUUAAAAUACUUUAUUAUUCUAAGAGUUA